AGUGGCGGUGCACGUUCAGGUCGGAUCCCGCAUAUCGGAUGCACGUCGACCACUGAUGGAUGCCCUUGGUUCGCCUACUUUUGACUCAAAGAUCACCUCACAGCUUACCCUGACAUGAUAAGCCGCUGGUGGUCUGCUUAAAUGCGCAAAACAACUGUUUGUUAUCGCGUUCACAUAGCAACGCCCCUGAGCCAGGCAGCGCCUACGGCUGCGUGAGCAGCGCAGGCUAGCUUACACGUAGCGGUGAGCAGUUUCGCAGGUGAUCGUCGCCGGUCGGUUGGGUCCCGGGCCAAAAGUAUUGGAGCUACGCGAGACGCAUCUGACGGGGUAACCUGAUGGACCGGUGGGCCGGAAGGGUGGCGCUGGUCACCGGUGCCAGCGUCGGUAUCGGUGCCGCCAUCUGUAGGGAGCUCGUCAAACAUGGUAUGAUCGUCAUCGGCUGCGCAAGAAACGACAAACAAAUCGAGGCGCUGUCCGUGGAGCUGGCCGGCCAGGCCGGCUCCCUGGUGGCCUUCCACUGCGACCUGAACGACUCGGACCAGAUCGAGACGCUGUUCGCCACCGUCCGCGAACAGUUCGGCGGCAUCGACGUGUGCGUCAACAACGCCGGCCUCUACUUCACCGGCUCGCUGCUCAACGGAGACGUGGAAAAGUGGCGCACCAUCCUCAACGUCAACGUGCUGGCCGUGGCGCACUGCGCCCAGCUGGCCAUCCGCAGCAUGCGCGACCGUAACGUCGACGAGGGACAGGUGAUCAACAUAUGCAGUCUCUCCGGUCACCGGGUGCCCCCGAACCCGGACGUGCACUUUUACGCGGCCUCCAAGUACGCGAUGACGGCGCUGACCGAAGGACUGCGUCAGGAGCUCGCCGCCGAGCCGCCCACCAAAAUCCGCGUGGCCCAAAUAUCCCCGGGUCUGGUGCAGACCGAGAUAGCGGCCCGGGCACACAACGAGCCGGGUCGAGUCAUGGAGCUGGGCGUCGAGGCGAAGAACAUCGCCGACGCCGUGCUGUACAUCCUGUCGACCCCACCUGAGCUCCAGGUCCACGACAUUCUCCUACGACCGACAGCGCAGCGGACCUAACUUCAGAGGCUGCUAGAGACCGGAUCGGGUUCGCGCAGCUGCCUGGACGGCACAGUGUUGUAACGGUGCCUAGCUCCUGAUGUCAACUGCCAUCCCGUCUCCGCCGACCGCGACUGUUCCGUUCCUGCCACAGCCGGAACAGCUUAUGCGCUGUGGCGCCGUUGAACGCGAUUUAAAUACAUGUGCAGACCUCGACAGACCUGAGACCUUCUUCAGUCAUAUAUUGCCAGGUAUGAGUGGUGAAAUGCAUGUGGCUCAGGCCAUCGCCCCUAUCGAGCGACAGCAUUCAGCAUUCACACUAAUAACACCAAAUAUAAACACUAGCAUUC